GAUAUUCGUGCCACGGCUACUGUGAGUGGUGUGCAUUUACCUAGCUUGUUAUUAUGGUCGCUGAUCUAUUUCGCUAGGGCUAGUUGGAUUCAUAAGGGUGGAUAUUAUAACAUUUUAAAAAAACAUUCGUAAUAGAAGGUAAUAUGUUUGUCGAUUCAGUGAAUGUAUUGUUAACGUUAGCUAGCUAGCUGGCCAAGAAACUCUGAGCUAACGUUAGCUUUGUUAGUUUGCCAGUUUGUAACGUAAAUGUGAACUUGUAUUUCGCUAACGUCAAAGUUGGUUUAUAAAGGUGUUAAAUGGCUUUGUUAACUACGUUUUAAUAUGUGCUUGUUGGAUGCAUAGCUUCAAUAACUUUCAAGCUACAAACGCCUGUCACAUAAACUCUGCUCGCAAGCACUUGUUUUAACUUUUGUGUGAACAUCAGUCGUUGCUUGGUCUGUCACCCUACUUGCUUUUUGCAUUAUCGACACAAUUUUAUCAACUGUUAUUGACAACAGUUGAGUGAUAUCUUGGUUCAGAUGACAGAUCCCUCUUAAGGUGCUUCCAAUAAUUUCAGUUGAAGGUAGCUAACGUUAAGUUCAGGGCUGAAAAUGGACAACGUUGAGGGAACUGAAAAGUUGACUCUACUGGAGGCCUCGUGUCUUUCUCCUAUGAGCAACAUCACAUCACGCUUGGAUUUCUCCCAGUUUACACCCUCCGAACUGGGUAUCUCCACCCAGAGGUUCACGCUAUCUUCUAACGUCAAAGGUAAUUCAGACAGAAGAAAUUAGUUGACUGUUGACAUCAUUCCACUGGGUCCACUGCUAUUUCUGACUUUACCCUGCAAUUAACUCAUUAUUAUAACCCUAAACACAAAUAUUUAUCUGGGCACUGUAGCUAGCUAUAUGUUCUAGGUCUACACAUUGCUUUGUCAAGACACAAUUCCAUUGUUUGUUUUUCUGAAUCAAGAAUGUCCUGUUGAAUGGUGCAUCUAUUGUCUUUCCCCAGAAAAAUCUUGUCUGGCUCAGCUGAAGGCGAAGCGGAGGUGCAAUGUUGGGGUACAGAGUUCACCAGAGACCAACUCCCUAAUCCGCUACAUAGCCCAUCGAAGGAGGAAAACUCCCCCCACAACACCACAGGUGAGAUGAGUUUGCUCAUGCAUGAUCAUACUCAGACUGUUUGUGUUAAUCUGAGUUGGAGCUAUAAUGCUCCUAGUUAGAGCCAAUUACAUUUAUGACAAGUCUAUAAACUGUCUCUCUUGCUACAAUGCAUCUGUAGUUGAAAAGAGGUUAACCAAUUGCAUCACAAAAUUUGAAACCAUUUGUGUUUACCAUGUAUUUCUCCUUUUCUCUCUCUUUGUAGGACACCCAAGCCAUCCCCUUCUUUCCCAGAGGCCCAUCUACUCUAAAGCAGAAGAUGGCCAUCUUCCAGAGCAUUAUGAAUGUGGAGGAGAAUGAAGCAGUGCCAAAACAGGACAAUCACACAGGGGGAUGCAUCAAGACAAGAGAUGUUCUGUCUGGUGGUGAGUCUGCUUCAAUGAAAAAGGAUAAAUCAUUUAUUAAUCACUUAUUAUUACAUGAACUGAAAUUGGUGCUUUGUCUGAGUAUACUAUUUAAAAGUUGUGUGAUUGUGCUGGACUUUUUCCCCAAAAAAAUGUUUAAAGGUGCUACACACAGGAUUUGUAAAAUAUUUUUUGCAUUGUAAUUUCAGAAAAUGUCCAUAAUAUACAGUAUCUGGCGCUAAUAGUGGAAUGAUAGUGUUUCUCAGUAUUACUUACCCACCAGUGUUGUGAUUGGCUGUGAUAUUCGCCUAUUGAUUUCUCCGAAAGGAGCGGAAUUGGUUGUCAAACUGGGAAAGCUGUUCUGUCAUUUCCUGGUUGCUAAAAUUCUACACUGUUCACUCAAUUUCAGUUUGUGGUACAAUGAUUGUCUACACUAUUCAGUGCUUGUUUUCUCAAUCACAACACUGGCCGGUAAGUAAUACUGUGAAACAUUAUCAUUCCACUAUUAGCAGCAGAUAUAUUAAGGACGUUUUCUGAAAUUACAAUGCAAAAAAUAAAAAUCCUAUGUGUAGCAGCUUUUAAGUUUUAAUGUAUGCGUUAUACUUCUGUGAGGGCAUGGAGAAACCAAACUUUUUCGUGUGUAAUGUUUUUGGAGCUCCUGAAAAUGUCUCAUCCAGAUACUACAGAUUGACCCUUUUAGUAUAUUCUGUAAGAGUUUUCUAUUCUGGGCUGUAGUUGUUGAUGGGUGUUGUCUUAACUCUCAGAUGGGUGGAGCUAUGAUGGUUACAGUGGUGGGAAGGAGAACAAGUCCCCAGUGAGCCAGCAUCCCUCUCUGACUUCCCCACCCAGUAAGAGGCGCUGCACAACACGCCCUCUGGGGGAGUGUGUGGAAGAGAUUAGGGAGGCCACCACUCCUGUCCUCAAACGCACUGCCACCACAUUGAAGCAGCAACAGAACAAGGAGGUAACCUCAUCACACUGGAAAAACAUUUCUCUGUCUGUUAAAUGACUAAUAUAACUUGGCAAACCAUUCUGAAUCUGUUGGUGUGUUUUUUGCAACUUUGGCGUGUACAUGUUGAGCAACUGGUAAGAAAUAUUGAAAAGUCGUUAUAAACUAAAUGUAUUAUUAUUAACCAAACUAAAUGUAUUAUUAUGUGACCACAAUGUCCUGACAACCACUAACCCAUAAUGAACACCUCCUCAGGUUGCAGUUGUCCAGAACAAGGACCAUCAGCCAGCUCUCACUGUAGAACCUGCUAGUGUGUCUCAGUCACCAGCCCUGCAUACUGAUGCUGUGUCACAGAUCACCCAGGGCGAGCCACAGCCCCAGUCCUCUCCUAUGAAGCAGCAGCACUGCACUCCCACCAAGGAGGAGCAGGACCAGGUAAUAUUUCAUCUAGCCUCAUCCACACACACACCAAUCUGUGUUCCAAAUGGCACCCUAUUCCCUAUGUAGUGUCAACUUAACUGGUGUGGGGUAAAAAAAAAAAAAACACUUUGGUCCAGGGCCCGAGUCUCCUCUUCUCUCUGUGAAGCCCUCACAGUUCUGCAGCCAACACAACUGCUACUCUCACCCCAGGUUCCUGCCUGGCUCUCAAACAUUAUCUUUGGUUCCCUCUCACCCCACAGGAGUGCUCAUUUGAACUGCACAGCCCCAGCCAACCUCUGGUUUUGCAUUCAGGACGAGUCAGGACAACUCUGCCCCCGCUGUUCCCCAUGCCAUCUCUUCUGGAGAUGAACCCCACUGGUAAAUAUGCUGCUCCCCUCUGUGUUGUUAUAGAGGAACCUAUCCUUUAAUCUGUAUCAAGCUUUGAAGCACAGUGCAAGCUAAGCAUACUACAGAUAAUAUUGACUAAGCAAAAACUGAGGCAGGAAAAAUGUUGUUUCUGAGAGCAGCAACGGCUGUUGUUUAUGAUUCAUCACCCGCUAACAUUUUUCUGUAAGAGAAGCAGUAGGUUGAAUGAAGCUGUUAUGAUGGUCAAGUGAUGUUGAUGAGUAAACAAUAUUUAUUUGUCCUUUAGAUGAAGCUGAUGGUGGUAACGUUAACUCCACUAUGAAGAAGAAGCAGGUACGUUUCGGGAUCCUGCUGCCACCUGAGCUCUUUGACAAGAACCUGCCACCCAGCACCCCUCUACGGAAGGGGGGAACCCCGGCCCGCGCCCCAACAUCUGCCGGUGGGUCCCAGCUGAGGUCACUGCUGAAGACCCCCCAGAGGACCCCCCUAACCCUGGCCCAGCCGGACUUCAGUAGCCCCUCUCUGACUGGAGCCUCCCCACCCCUCACUAUGGGGCCCUGCUGUGGGGAACAGGAGAGCACCCACACUCAGGGAAAGGUACCUGUCACUCACCAACACAGUGAUUGACCUGCCCCAAAAUGAUGAGGCCAGGGUCGUAUUCAUUAGGCACCAAAUGGAAGCAGACGGGUACUGAAACAGGAAGGGACUACCUGAACUUCCAAUAAGAAACGCUUGUUUUCCGUUGCCAAACGUUUUGCUACAGCAUUCCCUAAUGAGUACGACCAAUCAAUGUUCUUUCUGGUAAUCCAGCAUGUGGGUUAGUUAUUGACCAUGGAAAUAAUGCAGUAAUUCUCUAUGCCCUCAGAUCCCUUUCCCUUCAAUGGAAGAAUAUGUUGACAGUUCAUGGAUGGACAAUGCAGGUUGGUUGUUGAACAGUGAUCAUUGCUGAGAGGAAGCUAUGUUUCUAGUCAUGCUCUGUGUAAAACUUCACAUUGUUGUCACUUGCUGUAUGUAUUUCCAGAGCUGGAUAAUCGAUCUCUGGAUCUGACCUCAGCUUUUCAAGAGGAGGACUCUGUUUGUGAGGAAAUGCCAGGUGAGAUCUAGUUACUUCAGUUCAGACCUGUGCUGCGUCUCAAAUUACACCCUAUUUCCUAUGUAGUGCAGUAUAUAGGGAAUAGGGUGCUAUUUGGGACGCAGGGUCAGACUUCAGAUUUUAUUCCACCCACCUCUCACUCUCCCCUUAUGUAACAGCACCUCUACUCCUCAGCCUCAAGUCAUUGGUUUACAGUGUUUACAGGGGUGUCAGUGAGGUCAAAUGAGAGCGGAGGUGUGUUUGCUGUAGAUGUUGCCCCAGUGCCUGACCCUGCCCCAGUGCCUGCUCCUGCCCUGGAGCCAGAACCAGCCGCCACAACCCGCUCUCGCAGCAGAAAGAGAAAGGUCUGGUAACACCACUCAUUCACUGAACAGGAUAUCCUCAUUCCCACCACUUACACAUCAAUUAGAUAAGAUUAUCUCUGGACCAAUAUUAUCAUAGUAAAAAUAUUAUCUUAAUCUGAUGAUCUAGGGUUAAUAUGAAUGGAAGAGCUUGUGAGUGUAUCCAAAUAGAUCCUAUCCUAAUGCCACCUCUAUCUCUCUCUCUAUCUACCUGUAUAUCUAUGUAUCUUCAUGUUUUUCCCUCUUCAUAUAUCUCACUUUUCUCUAUCUCUUAUCUAUCUCCAUCUCUGUUCUUUCAGCAACCAGAGGAGAAGAGUGAGCCUGUGAAGAAGAGGUCGUCUCGUACGGCUGCCAAGUCUGCCUGUGGGAGGAUGAAGGUCAGUCUGGGCUCUGCUCAUCAAUUUACCUUCUCUACAGAGACUUAGACUAUUACAGACUGUGGCUGUGGGUAGUACAGUGAGCUAAGCCUCAGGGAGGUAUUACAUACACCAAGCUACUUGCCUCAUUGUAAGCCACAGUCAAUCUGCCUUUCUCACGCUCAAGGGUGGUUACUUUAUUCAAAUUUCUGCAAGAAUUGAACUUCAUUUACAAGAAGGUGGUGUUUGGAGUACUUGUGGGAUUUGCUUUAGUUCUGAACAGGACAGGAAUUAGCAUUUCGAGGGGCCAAAGAAGCUAGUCUACUGUGAUUGUUAUUAUAAUAAUAAUAAUAUAUACAGUCCAUUCGGAAAGUAUUCAGACCCCUUGACUUUUUCCACAUUUUGUUACAUUACAGCCUUAUUUUAAAAUGGAUUAAAUUGUUUUUCCCCCUCAUCAAUCUACACACAAUACCCAAUAAUGACAAAGCAAAAACAGGUUUUUAGAAAUGUUUGCAAAUGUAUUAAAAAAAAUUGAAAUAUCACAUUUACAUAAGUAUUCAGACCCUUUACUCAGUACUUUGUUGAAGCACCUUUGGCAGUGAUUACAGCCUCGAGUCUUAUUGGAUAUGACGCUACAAGUCUGGCACACCUGUAUUUGGGGAGUUUCUCCCAUUCUUCUCUGCAGACCCUCUCAAGCUCUGUCAGGCUAGAUGGGGAGCUUUGCUGCGAAGCUAUUUUCAGGUCUCUCCAGAGAUGUUCGAUCAGGUUUAAGUCUGUGCUCUGGUUGGGCCACUCAAGGAUAUUUAGAGACUUGUCCUGAAGCCACUCCUGCAUUGUCUUGUCUGUGUGCUUAGGGUCGUUGUCCUGUUGAAUAGUGAACCUUCGCCCCAGUCUGAUGUCCUGAGCGCUCUGAAGCAGGUUUCCAUCAAGGAUCUCUCUGUACUUUGCUCCGUUCAUCUUUCCCUCGAUCCUGACUAGUCUUUCCAGUCCCUGCCGCUGAAAAACAUCCCCACAGCAUGAUGCUGCCACCACCAUACUUCACCGUAGGGGUGGUGCCAGGUUUCCUCCAGACGUGACGCUUGGCAUUCAGGCCAAAGAGUUCAAUCUUCGUUUCAUCAGACCAGAUAAUCUUGUUUCUCAUGGUCUGAGAGUCCUUUAGGUGCCUUUUGGCAAACUCCAAGCGGGCUGUCUUGUGCCUUUUACUGAGGAGUGGCUUCCGUCUGGCCACUCUACCAUAAAGGCCUGAUUGGUGGAGUGCUGCAGAGAUGGUUGUCCUUCUGGUAGGACUGACCCCAAUUAGUCGACUGGUCGAUUGUUUGGUCGUUACGCUGUUGGUCGACCCAGAUUUGUUUUAGUCGAGCAGUAACAAAAAAAAAAAUAUAUAUAUAUAUAUACACACACACACACAGUGGGGAGAACAAGUAUUUGAUACACUGCCGAUUUUUCAGGUUUUCCUACUUACAAAGCAUGUAGAGGUCUGUAAUUUUUAUCAUAGGUACACUUCAACUGUGAGAGACGGAAUCUAAAACAAAAAUCCAGAAAAUCACAUUGUAUGAUUUUUAAGUAAUUAAUUUGCAUGUUAUUGCAUAACAUAAGUAUUUGAUACAUCAGAAAAGCAGAACUUAAUAUUUGGUACAGAAACCUUUGUUUGCAAUUACAGAGAUCAUACGUUUCCUGUAGGUCUUGACCAGGUUUGCACACACUGCAGCAGGGAUUUUGGCCCACUCCUCCAUACAGACCUUCUCCAGAUCCUUCAGGUUUCGGGGCUGUCGCUGGGCAAUACGGACUUUCAGCUCCCUCCAAAGAUUUUCUAUUGGGUUCAGGUCUGGAGACUGGCUAGGCCACUCCAGGACCUUGAGAUGCUUCUUACGGAACCACUCCUUAGUUGCCCUGGCUGUGUGUUUCGGGUCGUUGUCAUGCUGGAAGACCCAGCCACGACCCAUCUUCAAUGCUCUUACUGAGGGAAGGAGGUUGUUGGCCAAGAUCUCGCGAUACAUGGCCCCAUCCAUCCUCCCCUCAAUACGGUGCAGUCGUCCUGUCCCCUUUGCAGAAAAGCAUCCCCAAAGAAUGAUUUUUCCACCUCCAUGCUUCACGGUUGGGAUGGUGUUCUUGGGGUUGUACUCAUCCUUCUUCCUUCAAACCCGGCAAGUGGAGUUUAGACCAAAAAGCUCAAAUUUUAUCUCAUCAGACCACAUGACCUUCUCCCAUUCCUCCUCUGGAUCAUCCAGAUGGUCAUUGGCAAACUUCAGACGGGCCUGGACAUGCGCUGGCUUGAGCAGGGGGACCUUGCGUGCGCUGCAGGAUUUUAAUCCAUGACGGCGUAGUGUGUUACUAAUGGUUUUCUUUGAGACUGUGGUCCCAGCUCUCUUCAGGUCAUUGACCAGGUCCUGCUUUUUAUUUUAUUUUUAUUUUUUUUUCCCCCAUUUAGUAGACGCUCUUAUCCAGAGCGACUUACAGGAGCAAUUAGGGUUAAGUGCCUUGCUCAAGGGCACAUUGACAGAUUUUUCACCUAGUCUGCUCGGGGAUUAGAACCAGCGACCUUUAGAUUACUGGCACAACGCUCUUAACCACUAAGCUACCUGCUUAGUGGGCUGAUCCCUCACCUUCCUCAUGAUCAUUGAUGCCCCACGAGGUGAGAUCUUGCAUGGAGCCCCAGACCGAGGGUGAUUGACCGUCAUCUUGAACUUCUUCCAUUUUCUAAUAAUUGCGCCAACAGUUGUUGCCUUCUCACCAAGCUGCUUGCCUAUUGUCCUGUAGCCCAUCCCAGCCUUGUGCAGGUCUACAAUUUUAUCCCUGAUGUCCUUACACAGCUCUCUGGUCUUGGCCAUUGUGGAGAGGUUGGAGUAUGUUUGAUUGAGUGUGUGGACAGGUGUCUUUUAUACAGGUAACGAGUUCAAACAGGUGCAGUUAAUACAGGUAAUGAGUGGAGAACAGGAGGGCUUCUUAAAGAAAAACGAACAGGUCUGUGAGAGCCGGAAUUCUUACUGGUUGGUAGGUGAUCAAAUAUUUAUGUCAUGCAAUAAAAUGCAAAUUAAUUACUUAAAAAUCAUAUGUGAUUUUCGUUUUAGAUUCCGUCUCUCACAGUUGAAAUGUACCUAUGAUAAAAAUUACAGACCUCUACAUGCUUUGUAAGUAGGAAAACCUGCAAAAUCGGCAGUGUAUCAAAUACUUGUUCUCCCCACUGUAUAUAUGUUUGUUACUUUGGUUACGGCCAUUUAUUUUAAUGCAUUCAAUAUUAUUAUUCCAGUCUUCCUGUUCUCAUUGCCGGAGUGGACACAUUGUUUGCAGAGUGCACAACCUACAGUGAGGGGAAAAAAGUAUUUGAUCCCCUGCUGAUUUUGUACAUUUGCCCACUGACAAAGACAUGAUCAGUCUAUAAUUUUAAUGGUAGGUUUAUUUGAACAGUGAGAGACAGAAUAACAACAAAGAAUCCAGAAAAACGCAUGUCAAAAAUGUUAUGAAUUGAUUUGCAUUUUAAUGAGGGAAAUAAGUAUUUGACCCCUCUGCAAAACCUGACUUAGUACUUGGUGGCAAAACCCUUGUUGGCAAUCACAGAGGUCAGAUGUUUCUUGUAGUUCGCCACCAGGUUUGCACACAUCUCAGGAGGGAUUUUGUCCCACUCCUCUUUGCAGAUCUUCUCCAAGUCAUUAAGGUUUCGAGGCUGACGUUUGGCAACUCGAACCUUCAGCUCCCUCCACAGAUUUUCUAUGGGAUUAAGGUCUGGAAACUGGCUAGGCCACUCCAGGACCUUAAUGUGCUUCUUCUUGAGCCACUCCUUUGUUGCCUUGGCCGUGUGUUUUGGGUCAUUGUCAUGCUGGAAUACCCAUCCACGACCCAUUUUCAAUGCCCUGGCUGAGAGAAGGAGGUUCUCACCCAAGAUUUGACGGUACAUGUCCCCGUCCAUCGUCCCUUUGAUGCGGUGAAGUUGUCCUGCCCCCUUAGCAGAAAAACACCCCCAAAGCAUAAUGUUUCCACCUCUAUGUUUGAUGGUGUUCAUGGGGUCAUAGGCAGCAUUCCUCCUCCUCCAAACACGGCGAGCUGAGUUGAUGCCAAAGAGCUCGAUUUUGGUCUCAUCUGACCACAACACUUUCACCCAGUUCUCCUCUGAAUCAUUCAGAUGUUCAUUGGCAAACUUCAGACAGCCCUGUAUAUGUGCUUUCUUGAGCAGGGGAACCUUGCGGGCGCUGCACGAUUUCAGUCCUUCACGGUGUAGUGUGUUACCAAUUGUUUUCUUGGUGACUAUGGACCCAGCUGCCUUGAGAUCAUUGACAAUAUCCUCCCGUGUAGUUCUGGGCUGAUUCCUCACUGUUCUCAUGAUCAUUGCAACUCCACGAGGUGAGAUCUUGCAUGGAGCCCCAGGUCGAGGGAGAUUGACAGUUAUUUUGUGUUUCUUCCAUUUGCGAAUAAUCGCACCAACUGUUGUCACCUUCUCACCAAGCUGCUUGGCGAUGGUCUUGUAGCCCAUUCCAGCCUUGUGUAGGUCUACAAUCUUGUCCCUGACAUCCUUGGAGAGCUCUUUGGUCUUGGCCAUGGUGGAGAGUUUGGAAUCUGAUUGAUUGAUUGCGUCUGUGGACAGGUGUCUUUUAUACAGGUAACAAGCUGAGAUUAGGAGCACUCCCUUUAAGAGUGUGCUCCUAAUCUCAGCUCUUUACCUGUAUAAAAGACAACUGGGAGCCAGAAAUCUUUCUGAUUGAGAGGGGGUCAAAUACUUAUUUCCCUAAUUUAAAAUGCAAAUCAAUUUAUAACAUUUUUGACAUGCGUUUUUUCUGGACUUUUUUGUUGUUAUUCUGUCUCUCACUGUACAAAUAAACCUACCAUUAAAAUUAUAGACUGAUCAUUUAUUUGUCAGUGGGCAAACGUACAAAAUCAGCAGGGGAUCAAAUACUUUUUUCCCUCACUGUAUGCUACACUUGUGAGAAACAAGUUUUGGUGUAUUUAAUUCCAUUUAGGUGUUCUGUCAAUUUAGUAUUUUGUUUGGAGCGCUCCUGUCAAUGUUGAGAAAGGACGCGCACGCAUAGAAGUAGGCCUAUAGGCUACCUAGCCUGCGCGCAAAUGUAGGCAUAUACAGUUGAAGUCGGAAGUUUACAUACACUUAGGUUGGAGUCAUUAAAACUCGUUUUUCAACCACUCCACAAAUUUCUUGUUAACAAACUAUAGUUUUGGCAAGUCGGUUAAGACAUCUACUUUGUGCAUGUAAUUUUUCCAACAAUUGUUUACAGACAGAUUAUUUCACUUAUAAUUCACUGUAUCACAAUUCCAGUGGGUCAGAAGUUUACAUACACUAAGUUCACUGUGCCUUUAAACAGCUUGGAAAAUUCCAGGAAAUGAUGUCAUGGCUUUAGAAGCUUCUGAUAGGCUAAUUGACAUCAUUUGAGUCAAUUGGAGGUAUACCUGUGGAUGUAUUUCAAGGCCUACCUUCAAACUCAGUGCCUCUUUGCUUGACAUCAUGGGAAAAUCAAAAGAAAUCAGCCAAGACCUCUGAAAAAAAUGGUAGACCUCCACAAGUCUGGUUCAUCCUUGGGAGCAAUUUCCAAACGCCUGAAGGUACCACGUUCAUCUGUACAAACAAUAGUACGCAAGUAUAAACACCAUGGGACCACGCAGCCGUCAUACCGCUCAGGAAGGAGACGCGUUCUGUCUCCUAGAGAUGAACAUACUUUGGUGCGAAAAGUGCAAAUCAAUCCCAGAACAACAGCAAAGGACCUUGUGAAGUUGCUGGAGGAAACAGGUCCAAAAUUAUCUAUAUCCACAGUAAAACAAGUCCUAUAUCGACAUUGACGCUCAGCAAGGAAGAAGCCACUGCUCCAAAACCGCCAUAAAAAACACAGACUACGGUUUGCAACUGCACAUGGGGACAAAGAUCGUACUUUUUGGAGAAAUGUCCUCUGGUCUGAUGAAACAAAAAUAGAACCGUUUGGCCAUAAUGACCAUCGUUAUGUUUGGAGGAAAAAGGGGGUUGCUUGCAAGCCGAAGAACACUAUCCAAACUGUGAAGCACGGGGGUGGCAGUAUCAUGCUGUGGGGGUGCUUUGCUGCAGGAGGGACUGGUGCACUUCACAAAAUAGAUGGCAUCAUGAGGAAGGAAAAUUAUGUGGAUAUAUUGAAGCAAUAUCUCAAGACAUCAGUCAGGAAGUUAAAGCUUGGUCGCAAAUGGUCCUUCCAAAUGGACAAUGACCCCAAGCCCACUUCCAAAGUUGUGGCAAAAUGGCUUAAGGACAACAAAGUCAAGGUAUUGGAGUGUCCAACACAAAACCCUGACCUCAAUCCUAUAGAACAUUUGUGGGCAGAACUGAAAAAGCGUGUGCGAGCAAGGAGGCCUACAAACCUGACUCAGUUACACCAGCUCUGUCAGGAGGAAUGGGCCAAAGUUCUCCCAACUUAUUGUGGGAAGCUUGUGGAAGGCUACCCGAAACGUUUGACCCAAGUUAAACAAUUUAAAGGCAAUGCUACCAAAUACUAAUUGAGUGUAUGUAAACUUCUGACCCACUGAAAAUGUGAUGAAAGAAAUAAAAUAAAUCAUUCUCUCUACUACUAUUCUGACAUUUCACAUUCUUAAAAUAAAGUGGUGAUCCUAACUGACCUAAGACAGGGAAUUUUUACUAGGAUUAAAUGUCAGGAAUUGUGAAAAACUGAGUUUAAAUGUAUUUGGCUAAGGUGUAUGUAAACUUCCGACUUCAACUGUAAAUGUACCCAUUUGGGGAUCUGAUAGUAUUUCUGAUUGGCUUAGCGCACCACCUCUAAUGACCUGUGGAGCUUCUCAAAGUAAUGUUUUCUUCACCUCAAACAGCAAGCAAAUUAAGUCUGUUUUUACAUCCAUUGAGAAUUACAAUCGUUCCUCACUGUAUUUGAAAAUUCUUUCCAGCUCUCUCCCUUUCGAUAACCACUCAGCGUGAAAGGGGAAAAUGUCAUGCUCUGAUCCAGUGGAAACGUCAUAAAAUAGGCUUCUUAUCAGUGCUUGACUUGGACUGAAAUAGGUUCUGGUACUCAUUUUGGGUGCUGGUACUGUUUAUAGGGGCAGGAGCUCCACAAUACUUUUGAGCUAAUAUUCUAUAAGAGGAACAGGAACUCAAGCAGUAGAACAUUUGAGGAGCUGGUACUCAUCUCCGGUGAGUUACUGCCCAAGUCAAGCACUGCUUCUUAUCCCUUGCUCAAAUAGCCUACAGCUGUCUCUGUCCCGAGCUCACUGGUGUGGGAAAAUGAGGACCCAGAAUAUUUUAUACAAUAUUGCAAGUUCACUAGCUCAAGCUUUGGGCCAGACCCAGUUAAUAGUUGAUACAAUGUUUCAAGUUCGAUGCAGACGGGCCAUGUGUAGCCAAUGUGAUUCAUAGGAUAUUUAUUUUUAAUCAGGAUAAUUUCUACCAGCAGGCUACAAUGUUUUUAUUUGUUGGCUUUAUGUAGGCUAUUUUUACCUAUUUGGCAAUGGCAAUAGAAGUUACUUUUUAGGUUUGUAUCAUUUUCAUUUAAAUUUGGAUAGAAUUCGAAUUAACCACAUGACAAUGAUUUUGAGAUAUUAAAUGAAACUGUUUCACGAAAAUGUGCAUAUGAAACUUUAACUGGCAUGCAGAUGGGUAGAAAUGGUAAGAUAAAUUGGCAUUCCACAUGAGAAAGGUUGCCGACUCCUCGUGUAGCCUAUUACCUGCAACUUCAGGAGAGUAAUGGCAGAAUCUGCGAAAGCCAGCAGGAGCGGGAGGAGAAUAGUUGGGUCAGGUUAAGAUUUUUUUCUUCUGGUAAUCUAGAUCUCUGGCGCCCUCUUGAGGUGUCAGACAAGCUCAAUGCACAUAAUUGAUUUUAUUAAAACACAUAGACACACCCUAUAUAUAGAAAAAUACACAGUUAACAUUUUUGAGCAGUCGAUUGGUCUUAAGAACAGACGACUUUCGGUCACCAAAUAUUUUUUUGUUUAGUCGGGGACAGCCCUAACUUCUGGAAGGUUCUCCCAUCUCCACAGAUGACCUCUGGAGCUCUGUCAGAGUGAUCAUCGGGUUCUUGGUCACCUCCCUGACCAAGUCCCUUCUCCCGAUUGCUCAGUUUGGCCUGGCGGCCAGCUCUAGGAAGAGUCUUGGUGGUUCCAAACUUCUUCCAUUUAAGAAUGAUUGAGGCCACUGUGUUCUUGGGGACCUUCAAUGCUGCAGACAUUUUUUGCUACCUUCCCCAGAUCUGUGCCUCGACACAAUCCUGUCUCUGCGCUCUACGGACAAUUCCUUCGAUCUCAUGGCUUGGUUUUGCUCUGACAUGCACUGUCAUCUGUGGGACCUUUAUAUAGACAGGUGUGUGCCUUUCCAAAUCAUGUCCAAUCAAUUGAAUUUACCACAGGUGGACUCCAAUCAAGUUGUAGAAACAUCUCAAGGAUGAUCAAUGGAAACAGGAUGCACCUGAGCUCAAUUUCGAGUCUCAUAGCAAAGGGUCUGAAUACUUAUGUAAAUAAGGUAUUUUUGUCCUUGAUAAAUUUGCUAAAAUGUCUAAACUUGUUUUCACUUUGUCAUUAUGGGGUAUUGUGGGUAGAUUAAGUACAAUUUUUUAUUUAAUCCAUUUUAGAAUAAGGCUGUAACGGAACAAAAAGUGGAAAAAGUCAAGGGGUCUGAAUACUUUCCGAAUGCACUGUAGUAUAUGGAUAUGCCAUUUAACAGACGCUUUUAUACAAAGCGACUUAGUUAUGUGGGCAUACAUUUUACGUAUGGGUGGUUCUGGGUAUUGAACCCACUACCCUGGCUUACAAGUGCCGUGCUCUACCAACUGAGCUACACUUGUUGUAAUAACUGUAUUCCUCAGAGAUGACAGUAAAACAAUGAAUAAACAAACGUAAACAAGGAGAGGUGCAAGGUUGUAAGGAUGGGACAAACCGGCUUGGGUGUUCACUGUGUUUGUGUUUCUCUAGAACUCAGCAAAGCGUGGCUUUGGGAAGAAGUCAGUGGACCGUUCUCUGUACGGGAAGAGAGACUACGCAUCCAAGAACCCCACCCUCAGCCCCAUCACGGAGACCCUGUCCUCCCUUAGCCACUCUCCUCAACACCCCCACAACUGCAGACGCACAGGUAAGCACACAGCUGUUAGGCUCUGUUCGAAUACCCAGGAAGAAUCAUUCCUUCCAUGAACUAAUCAUUGAUCUAACAUGAUUGGUGAGAGCCAGGCUUCCACUGUUGAGUUCACUGUAUACCUCAAGGAACUACACCCACACUCACUUAUGAAGAUACUUUAGAUCAGGGGUCGGUAACCGGCCCGCAAGCGAUUCAAUUUUUUUGGUACCCCAAAGUUUUUACAAAUUUUUUUUGAAUUAAUUGUUGGUCUAAAAAGACUAAAAUCACCAGGAAUUCAGCAACAAAAACAACAACAAUUAAGGAAAUCUGCUCCCAAGUAUCCCCACGAAUACAGAUUUUUCACCUAGUCACCUCGGGGAAUCAAACCAGUGACCUUUUGGUUACUGGCCCAACGCUCUUAACUGCUAGCCUAUCUGCCGCCCUUUUAAGAUGUUGCCUGUUCUGGGAACUUUCAUUUUUCAGGUUGCAUGGAGGUUCUGAGAACAUUUUACUAUGGUUCGCUGAAAGUUUUCCUGGGAGGUUUUAUUAACGUUCUGAGAAUGGAAAUUAUAGGUGAUUUGAAGGUAUUUAAUUAACGUUCUAACAUAUUUCAUGUUCAGUAGUAAGCCAUGUUGUGUGUCCUCCCGCCACAGCCAAAGAAGACUCCAUCCUAUUAGAAGAUUACAUUAACAGUGACCCCAUCACCGGAGUGGUCACGGCUGCAGCCCUGAGGCGAAGCUGCUUCUGCCCCGCGGCCAGUGAGGACUCACCAGAAGACACCACCCCAGCUGCAGAGCCCUCUGAUGGGCCUUCAGUAGACAGCCAGAGCCCUGUGGGCUCCACCACCACAGACAGCUCUGGGACUGGAAGAGUAGCACAGGUCAGGAGAAGACGGCCAGGUCCAACAAAGACCUCCAGAACCAAAGAGCAGAGUAUUAUUAGAGUAGGCAGAGGAGGUAGAGGGAAGGGCAGGAAGGUGAGUGUUCCUGUUGAUGACUGUCUCAGUGAAGAGACAGAGGAGGAGGUAGAGAACACUGAUGCAGAACAAGACCUAACGGAAACAACUCAGUUUUCAGUGUCCAGCCCAGCCAAACACACAGUACCUGGUAACAGAGAGGGUGAACCUAAUACACACUGUACCUCAGCCCGUGUAGAUACAGAUACAGAUCAAUGCACUGGCACACUACCAGAUGCAGGUAGGAGUGGGGAUAGUCCGGCUAGAGCAGACACUGAUGCUACUACACCCUGCCCUCCUCCAGAUGAGGUUAGUACCACAGUGGCUCCCUCAGAGCAGGAGGCAGUGAGCCAUGUAGAACAGAGUCCAAACAAAGGCGGGCAGAGAGGAGCAGCUCGGGGCCUGGGCCGCUCCAGGGGUAGAAGGAGCUCUAUAUACACCAGCUCAGUCAUAGAGGAGGAGCAGGCACCCCAGUCAAAUGGGCCAGAGGCAGUGGAGGAGAGAGGGCAGGAAGUAGAGAACGAUAACCACGGGUCAGAGAUGGAGCUGGGUAACAUUACAGAACAGGCCUCCACCUCCUACCCAGACUCCCUCCUACCCCCCUGGGCACAGGAAGAGUUCAGCAUCGAUGACGUGCUGCGGCCUCUCCCUCGCAGGGGGCAUCGUUCUGUCCGCCGCAGUCUGAGGAACCAGAGCCAGAGCAGCACCCUGGAGGACAGCGGUUCCGGCCUGGCCUGGCUGCCCCACACCUCUCCGGACUCCCUCAGGGCCGUCCGCAGGAAGACCAGGGGCAGGCGCAGCUCCAUCCAGGCUCUACUACACCCUCCCCUGGAGGAAGUGGACCACGUUGACCUAUGA